AUGAGUCUGGUUUCGUCUGUGUACACUGUGCAGAGUGUGUCCCAGGACGGCAUGGGCAAACUAAGAAUAACAGAGAAGGGCCUGAAACUGGAGGGGGCCUCUGAGUUCCUUGAACCCCUCUAUGCCAAAGAAAUCCAGUCCAAACCAGGCCGCCCGCUGUUCCUGCAGUCAUCCAGAAAUGUGUCGGUCAAUAUUGUCAACAGCAAGAACCAGCUGCUCACACAACUUGUAACAGGAUCGAGUGGAUUUAAAGCAAAAGGCAAAUUCUUUGAAGUCAAAUCCACCUCUGGGAAGCUCCUUUUCUCCGCCGACGAGCAGGAGGUGGUGGUGGGCGCCGAGAGGCUCCGAGUGAUGGGGGCCGAAGGAGCCGUGUUCAGCAAAUCGGUGGAGACGCCACAUGUCAGGGCCGAGCCCUUCAAAGAGCUGAGGCUGGAGUCUCCCCCCCGGUCCUGACUGAUGGAGGC